AUGACUCGACAUAGAGAAAAUAGAACAUUGAUGAUGCAAAUCAACGAAUUUAUUUCCAAUCCAAUUGAAAAAUAUUACGAGAAUUCAGGAAAUAAUCAAGCUGUAACGUUACAUUUAAAAAUUUUGUCGAAUGAUUUGGCGAAUGCAAGAGCGAAACGAGAAAUU